CACAAACCUCAUUUUCCUCCAUCAAUUUCAAUACUCAUAUUCAUUCAUUCAUCCCCUCCACCGCCCACAAUCCGAACCCGAAAGCAGUCAAUCUUCCUCCAUGGCCAUGGCAACUCAAGCCUCCCUCUUCACCCCCACCCUCUCAGCAGCAAAACCCGCCGACCGCGUCGCCGCGCCGUGGAAGCAGUCAAUCGCUCAAUUCUCCACCCCUAAGGCGCCAAUCAAGGGCGUCGCCUCCGUUUCCCACCGCCCCAUCCGCGCAAUGGCCGAGGAAGCGCCAGCCGCGACCAAAGAGCCCGAAGCCCCCGCCGGAUUCACUCCACCGGAGCUCGACCCAAACACCCCCUCGCCGAUCUUCGGCGGCAGCACUGGCGGGCUUCUGCGUAAGGCCCAGGUGGAGGAGUUCUACGUGAUCACAUGGGAUUCCCCGAAGGAACAAGUGUUCGAGAUGCCGACGGGAGGCGCCGCCAUCAUGCGGCAGGGGCCGAACUUGCUGAAACUGGCCCGGAAAGAGCAGUGUCUGGCGCUGGGGACGAGGCUGAGAUCCAAGUACAAGAUCAAGUACCAGUUUUACAGGGUUUUCCCGAAUGGUGAGGUCCAGUAUCUGCACCCGAAAGACGGGGUGUACCCGGAGAAGGUGAAUCCGGGUCGGACCGGAGUCGGGCAGAAUAUGAGGUCGAUCGGGAAGAAUGUUAGCCCGAUUGAGGUGAAGUUUACUGGGAAGCAAGUGUACGAUUUGUGAGCUCAGAAUUUGUAUUUCUCUGAUUAUAUAAAACGUGUUCAAUGCAUGACGACUUUCUUUCA